AUGGAUGCAGCAGAGUUCAAUGUUCACGCUAGGGGCUGGCCUUCGGACAACCUGCCUUCGACACUGAGGACGGGCCACGCUUCUCGUCCGUUGCCGGAGCCGGAGAGUGCCGCCAGUUCCGCCGCGACUUCCAAUACUGCACCGAAUGAAAAUCAGGGCAAGAAGGCUGCUACUGAAGAUCAGGUUCAUGUUGGGACCAAGGAAAUGGAGAAUGUCUUAGUCGGCUUAGUUGGCAGACUGUACAAGAUGGCUGAGGGUAAUCAUCCCUUUGCUGAUCGGUUCGAGAAAGCGCCGCUGAACACAAAGUAUCACAAGGUGAUACUCUGGUUGAAACAAGGAAGCGUGGAGUUGUUCACCUUCGUGCACCAAGAACGAGACGGGUUUGCUGAAGCUUGGGGAGGACCCUUGAAAGAGGCAGACUGCGUAGUCGAUAGCAAUUUACUGGACGUGAUACCGACCCCACUGGGAGAGGACUUAUAUUACGUUUGCGAGUACCCAGAGAAGAUACCUCACACAGUCUAUGGAUCUGCUGGAGCCAAGAAGACCAUGACACUCGUCUUCUCCAUCAGAGAGCCGUCCAGGCUGGUUUUCGCCUUCACUUUGACUUGAAAC